UUCAAAACCCUAAAUCCCCAAAAUUAAACAUUUCUUCUCUCUGCUAAGAAAACAAAUGACCAGAGAUAUGGAUGCCACAGAGAAACUGAUUCAAAAAAUCUCAAAAAUUCUUGAAGAAACAAAAACUUCAAAUGCUACACACAUCAGAAAGCUAAAAGAGCUGUCUUUACUCUUAUUUUCGAAAAGAUCCCCAAAUCAGAGUCCCCAAAUCCCUAAUUCUUUUCAAUUCGCUUCUGCCUUUUGCAAAUCCCUAACUCCUCUUUUCCUCUUCCAACGACGGUCUGCCUCUGCUGAGCGUGUUGUUAAGUUUGUCUCUGUCUUUGCCGCCUCCACUACGGCGCGUGAUGGGAAAGAGAAUGAGGGGGCGGGUGCUGCUGGUGAUGGGUUUCUGGAGGAGUUCCUUAGGUUUUUGAUGACUGCGAGUUUGGCUGCUAAUAAGAGUGUUAGAUUUCGAGCUUGUCAAAUUAUCUCUGAGAUUAUAUUGAGACUGCCAGAUGACGCGGAAGUAAGCAAUGAGCUCUGGGAUGUGGUUAUAGAAUCCAUGAAGCUAAGAGUUGCAGACAAAGUUCCAGCUAUUCGCACAUUUGCAGUUAGAGCUCUUUCACGCUUUGCAAAUGAUACUGAGAAUAGUGAUAUUCUGGAUUUGUUUCUUGAAGUGCUUCCCUUGGAGCAGAAUGCAGAGGUUCGUAAGACAAUUGUAUUAGCUUUGCCACCUUCCAAUGCAACCUCACCAGCAAUCAUUGAUUGCACCCUGGAUAUGAGCGAGUCAGUCCGCAAAGCUGCAUUCUGUGUUCUAGCUAAUAAAUUUCCUCUUCAAAGUCUCAGCAUAAAGCUCAGGACAGUAAUUCUACAGAGAGGACUUGCUGAUCGUUCUGCAGCUGUUGCAAAAGAAUGUUUAAAGUUGAUGAGAGAUGAAUGGCUUUCUAAGUGCUGCAAUGAUGAUCCCAUUGAACUUCUUAAGUAUCUUGAUGUUGAAACCUAUGAAUUGGUUGGGGAAUCUGUGAUGGAGGCUCUAUUAAAAGAUGGAUUAAUAAAAUUACAUGGCGAUCGGAGUAUCCGGCAGUAUAUAUUAUCAACCUUUGGUGAAAAUGGAGAGGAACCUGAAAACUGCUCUGCAAGCAUCCAGCUAAUGGAACCGGAGUUUGCUCUUUAUUGGAAAACUGUGUGCAGGCACUUGCAGACAGAAGCACAGGCGAAGGGCUCUGAUGCUGCAACUACAAUGGGCACUGAAGCUGCAGUGUAUGCAGCUGAAGCUUCAGACAACAAUGAUCUUCUCGAGAGGAUUCUUCCUGCAACAGUUUCAGAUUAUGUAGUUUUGGUCGGAGCUCAUAUAGAUGCUGGACCAAAUUAUCGUUUUGCAUCUCGGCAGCUACUAUUGCUUGGUGCAAUGCUUGAUUUUUCUGACUCUACAAGCAGGAAGGUUGCUAGUGCAUUUGUACAAGACCUGUUGCACAGGCCCUUAGAUCAUGAAGUGGAUGAUGAAGGGAACAAGGUUAUCAUAGGAGAUGGAAUAAACCUUGGUGGCGACAAAGAAUGGGCUGGUGCAGUGUCCAGUUUGGCAAAGAAAGUCCAUGCUGCUGCUGGUGAAUUUGAAAAAGUUUUUCUUGCAGUUGUAGAAGAACUUGCCACGCCCUGUAGGGAGAGAACAGCAGACUUCAUGCAGUGGAUGCACAGCCUUGCUGUUACUGGUCUUCUUUUGGAAAAUGCAAAAUCAUUGUACUGGCUUCAAGGGAAGGCUAUUGAGCCUAUUGAAUUACUGCAGUCAUUACUGCUUCCUGGGGCAAAGCAUGCUCACUUGGAUGUGCAGAGGGUUGCUAUCAGGUGUCUUGGCCUUUUUGGCUUAUUAGAGAAAAAGCCAAGUGAAGAACUAUUGAAGCAGUUGAGGCUUUCUUUUGCUAAGGGCCCUGCUCCAGUUAGCAUAAUGGCGUGCAAGGCUUUAAUUGAUCUUGUCAUGUGGCACGGUCCUCAGGAAGUUGACAGGGUGAUUGGACUAGAUCAUUCAUCCAAUUUUCAGGGUGACAAGAUGGCAGUUGAUCUUGUGGACUUUUCUAAGGCUGAUGACAAUUUGAAUGUUGAAUUGCUUGACCUCUUAUAUGCUGGCUUUGAUAGAAAUAAUUGGGGAGAUGUCGAAACUGAAGAAAAUGAGACAGUGCAAGCUGCUCUUGGUGAAGGUUUUGCUAAGAUUCUUCUCCUUAGUGAGAAUUAUCCAAGCAUACCAGCUGCUUUACACCCUUUGCACUUAGCUAAGCUCAUUAAAUUGUAUUUCAGUAAUGAAACAAAAGAGCUGCAGAGGUUGAAACAAUGUUUAUCCGUGUUCUUUGAGCAUUACCCAUCACUAUCAGCAAAUCAUAAGAAGCAUUUGUCAAAGGCGUUCAUUCUAGUGAUGCGUUCUAUGUGGCCAGGCAUCUAUGGAAAUGCUGGAGGUUCUGCAGUAGUGGUUUCUAAUAUGCGUAAGCGUGCAGUCCAAGCAUCACGAUUUAUGUUGCAGAUGAUGCAGGCCCCCUUGUAUGCUAAACCGACUGAAAAUGGGGGUGAGAAUUGUAGCACGCAACCAACUGAAACUGUAGAUGGCUCUUUGCAACCUUCAUUUGAAUGUUCAGAUGAGGGACUUGGUAUUCGCAUUGCUGCAGAGGUGGCAAGCUUCACUACAAAGAAGACACCAGCUGAGAGGUCAUAUGUUUCAGCACUAUGUAGAAUACUUGACUUGCUCCAUUUUCGGGUAUCGGAACAAGGUGCAAUAAAAUUAAUGAGGAAACUCUUGAAUCGUGUGGCUGGAAAUGUAUCGACAGAGAAAGACCUUGUAAAGGAGCUGAAACAGAUGGCUGAACGUCUCAAGUCAGUAGAUAAGCAACCAGAAGAGGAGCUAUUGGAGGAUCAAGCAAAACUUAUUUUGGGGAAACUGGAAGUCGAUAUCAACUUGGAUGUUGAUAGCCCUGCUGCAAUGCCACAAACACCAGCCCCUCCGCAAUCAACUAGACCAUCACGUACCAGGAGACAGGCUAGGCAUGAAGACUCUUCUGAUGAAGAAGCCUCACCAACCACUGUUGUUCAGACUGCCCCUCGUACUAUAGGUAGCCGCUCACAAAGGGCUAGCAAGACUGCAGCCCUGACCAAGAUGACAGCUAAUUUAGCUGCUAGGAUUGUUGAAAUUGAUGAUGAAGAGGAAGGCUCUGAGAUGACUUCAGAAGAAGAUUCUGACGACUCUGUUCAUCAUGCUGAAUGAGCAUUUUACAGAUUUUCCUUGCAAAUAUUGUGCUUUCUCAGCACUAUUAUCUGUUGUUGUAUGCUUGUAGAGAAAAGGUCCAUAUUUUUUUUUUGUAAUGUGCAUUUUGGUUUGGAGGGCUGGACUUGGAAAUUCUGCCAGUGAAAUCAGCUCUGAACUACUUGUAUGAAUCCUAAUUCAUCUAUGAGAUUGACUCAAAUUUUCUGAAA